AUGUUUAACUUUAACAAGACCAAACAAUCGACAAUUCUUCCUUGCAAUUCUGACUUCAUGGAGACAUUUGAAGGGAAUACUGAUAACCACGAUUUAAAUUACCGUCCUAUUCAGACAAGGCCUGUUAAGGAAAGCUGUUCUGCCUUGGUCGAAAAACCAGUAUACAUGGAAGGUGUCAGCACACAAGACAAGGUUUUGGAUCCUGAAGAUUUGAUUAUGCUAGGAGAUAAACCAAAGGAGAAGUGCUGCUACCAAUCUUAUAUGGAAGAGGAAACUUUGCUGGUUCUGAAGAAGUAUUUUGUUGAUGAGAUAACAAUGGCGGAAGCAGGAAAAAGUGUAGAUAUGCCAAGAUCAACAGCCGGUUGGGUGAUAAGACGUAUAAGAAGUAGACUAAACCUACCAGCUAGAAGAUCCCGUAUGCACAAGUAUGCCUGUUUAGAAGAAUAUGAAAAAACACUAUGCAAAUAUGUCAAAACUAUGCUUUUACAAAAAAAACUAUGA